AUGGCCCUGAAGUCGAAUACCACUCUUGCAAUAGUGCGGAUUGUUUGGAGAAUCAAUUACUUGGAACAGGCGAUCAGCACUUUCUGGGAGGGGUCAGUCGUGUCGAAGGGGGCACUCCUAAAACCUCAGCGCAACUGGCCUGGCUUACAGCCACGACGACUGCUUAUGCUCUUGGCGAGGACGCAGCCAAGCCUCAAGGACCUCGCUGCCGCUGCUGCGGGCCUUAGCGCCGAGAGUGGCAGCAGCGACAGCUGCGGGGGUUGCAUAGGAACCCCGCAUUCGCUUUCCAACACUAGCCUUGGUCUCACCCAUGCUGGUGUCGUAGCUACCGCGGCGCCACGGCCGAAUGCGGCUCCACCAGGUUGCGAUCUGGAUCCAUCACCACCACACGCUGAAACCUCUCAUACAGUCGCCCAAGCCCAAGUUCACAGAUACGGAAGCGGUAUGCUGUCGGCAGGAGAAAGCAAGCAGCAGCAGCAGCAGCAUAACAACCUAAUGCUAAGAGGAGAAGAGCUGCAGCGGAACGCCAAGCGCGCUGCCGCCGCCGCGGCAACUGCCAACGGCGCCUUUGCGACUUCUCACCACGGCAUUGUGGAAGCCGCGUUGCAGCAGCUACAAAUGCUGGCGGCCUCACAGGACAUGGGCUGUGUGACAGGUGAUGCAAGAGAUGCUGGCAGUGAUGAUGGCGGUGGCGGCGGCAACGGCGCGGCUGCAGGCGCCGCAACUGCAACUGGCUCCCAGCUCCAGUCCGGCGCUGCACCUGCCGCCAGGCCGCGAAUUGGGCGUGGCGGAAGCUACAACUCAUCUCCUGGCGGGCAACUCCCCGCAACCGCGCCAUAUGACCUGCUGGGCGAGCAGCAAGGCGCCGCGGCGGGAGGUGGUGCCGGCGGUGUGCACGACGGGCCGAUGCACGUCCGGAGAUCCAGCAGUAUGGGGACCGCCGCCGCCGCAGCGGCGGCGGCACUAGCAGCGGCAGCAGCAGCAGACUGCGUUGAUGGUGAUGGGGGCGAUUUUGCAACAGGGCAGGGUCGAUGGCCACGCCGCAAGCAAGGCAAGCUUUCUGCCACCUCAGACCUGCUAGGUGACGAGCUGUCUCCUGACGACGGCGGCGGCGGUGGUGGCGGCGGCGGUGGUGACGGCGGCGGUCGUCAAGGUGGAGAAGGUCCCCAAGGGGGACACUCUGAUGGGCCGUCGCGGGCUGCCGCAGCCGCCGCUGCCGCCGCUGCGGUCCUCUCCGGUGCCAGCAGCGCCCAACAGCAACAGCACCAAGGCCUCAACCUGCACGGCAGCGGCAACGGCAGCGGCAGCGGCGCUGCUAAGGCCGGGGCCGCCGCUGGCGGCGGCGGGCGCGGCGCACGGGCCGCGGCGGUAGCGGCCCGUCGGUGUACCCCCACGGCUGAGGCUCCUGACGUCGGCGGCCUUGAUAUCGACGACGGCCAGGACGGCGCCGGCGCGCUGGGCGGCGGCGCAGCGAUGCCGUCGGAGCUGCCGCCGCCAGUGGAGGUGACGGUGGCAGUGCGCGUAGGCAGCGGCCGCGCGUCUGAGGAGGAUUUGCGGUACGGCAACGGCAGCUACGUUCGGGGCCCUGCAUGCGGUGUCUUUGAGCCGGCGCUUUACAUGAGUCGCAUGGACUGCAUUCGCUACCACGGACAACUCAUAAGUAGGAGCCAUUUCGAAAAAAUCGGCGGCAGUAACAUGGCCAAGUGGUACCGGUCCAUCCGCGUGUUGCCUGAUUUGGAGCCGCUGGGCGAGUGGCUGGAGCGCCACGGCAUGCCAGUUACCAAGGGACCCGCGCGGCGCUACCGCCCUCGCAAGCAACCCGGCGGUGGCGGAGGCGUCUCGAACGACGGCGGAGGCGAGGCUAGCGGCGGUGGCGGAGGCGAGGUAGAGGUGGCGGCGCCCAUCAAGUACCGGGCCGGGUCGGGUGAGGUCUGCUCGUCGUCCUGUGGCGGAGGCGGCGCAGGAGCAGCAGCGCAGCGGUCACAUGGCGCCGCCGUACACCUCCUUCAACAGCAGCAACAUCUGCAGCAGCAGCAGCAAUUGCUACAGCUCCAGGAGAUAGCGGCGGCGCGGCAUCAGUACGGUGAGGUGGCGGACCCGGGAUCGAUCCCCGGUGUCGUGAAGCUGGAGAAUGGCGGAGCCGCAGGCGGUGGCGGCGCGGUGACGCCGGAGCUGCCGCAAUCUGCGGCGGCGGCGGCUGGUGCCCCUAGCGAGGAUGAGGCGGAGGGUACGGCAGCGCUCAUCUCUCUGAGCAUGCAGGUCGCGAACGGCAGUACGGCGGCACCGAAGGGCCUCCGUAACGGCGGCGGCGCCGCCGCGGACACGAGUUCUGCACAGCGGUUGAUGCAGCGGCGGCAGCCACCUCCGCCGGCGCUGCAGCCGCCGCCGCAGCCGCCGGGUCGGCAGCGGGGUCCGCAGUCACAGUAUCCGAGCGGCGGCGGCGGCGGCGGCGGGGGGGAGGCCCUAGGAAAGUUUGAGAUCGAGGGUGAGGGUGACGGCGAGGUGCCGGUCAGGGCUGGGGCGACGGAAGCAGACGGUGCACCUGGCGGAGGCGGCGGAGGUAGUGGCGGUGGAGGGGGGAAUUUCCAGCAGCUUCGUACGGCAAUGCGCGGCGGCGGCACGCCGGUUGACGGACCGUUGGGUCGCGCGCCGCCGCCAUCACGAAGCGCGGGGCCCCCGCAAUGUGCCAAGGACGUCGCGGCGGCUAUGGUUGCCGCCGCCGCCGCCAGGGCUGAGGCGGCAGCGGCGGCACCGCAGCCGCCACCGCAGCACCAGCAAUUGUCCUUGGGUGGCCCGUCCGCCGCGGCAGCGGCGCGGCGACGGGCGAUUGCUGGGAAUCCGGUUUCGGAGGAUGUCCCCGAGUUUGUGAAUCACGUCGGGACCUCCGGGGAGCCCGGAUACGCGCGUACCAGUGGGUACGGCGACGAGGUGGAUGAUGGCGAGGAGGAGUACGGCGGGUACAACCUGCCCGCAUGGCAAUGUGGUGGCGGCCCGGGGGCCCGGGCUGCACCAGACGACCCGGGUUUCGGAGCUAACGCGAUCGGCAGGCAUAGCGCCUCGAGGCUGCAUGGCGGAGGCGGAGGCGGCGGCCCGGCCUCCGUCAGCUUAGACGGCGUUUUGCAACAUCUGCCGCCGCCGCCGCCGGGGGGUUACCCACCCGCCGCCGCCGCCAGGGGUGCCGCCCGUGACCUCCCGCCGCAUUUGAUGCACGCGUUGUACGGAAGGGUUAGCGAACAUGAUGGCACCGGUGACACCUGGGCUGGCGACGGUGACCCCGGGCAGUACGGCGGCGAGUACGGCGAGGAGGAAAUGGAUGCCGAGGACGAGCAGCUCCAGGCGCACCUAAUGUCGGUGGGUGCGCCGGCGCUGCUGCUCAGUAUUCAGUUGGAGCAAGCCGAGUUGUACGACAAGCUGCGACGGUUGGAACGGGUACGCCGGCGCCUGGAGGCUAUACAGCAGCAGCAGGAACGACAGCAGUCGUUACUUCGUUCGUCUGGCUCUAACUUGGAGUCCGCCGGCGGCGGCCGUCGAGGCCCCGCAACGAGGUACGACGUCAUGGAACAGCACCCCGCCGCCGCUGCCGCCGCCGUCGCACUGGACGAGCGCGUCGGCCGCCGUGUUGGCGGCAAGAGGCCCCGUACAAGCGACGUCGCGCAUGGCGUCUACCUGGGGGGAGGAGUACGGGACUUGGACGAUGAUCUGUACGGCCUGCACGACAGCGGCGGCGGCGGUGCACUUGAUGCUUUGAGGCUUGCGGAGAUGUACGCUGCGGGGCCGCCGGCGGCGGCGAGUGGCGGCGGCGGCGGGGGUAUGCACCUUGGCCGCAGCGCAAUGACGGGGGCGGCGCUGCCGCUAGUACGGAUCGUACACCGGUCGCAGCUGCCUGCUCGUGGCGGUGACGCCAGGGAGAUGGCGAUUCUGUCCGAAGAUAACGACGUGUACGGAAACGGGUACGGCGGCGAGGGCCUGGCUCUCAGGGGGGAGCUGGCGGAGGCAGUAGCGCGGCUGCCGCCGUCGGCGCAUGCAGUACUACGGCAGCAAGCAUGGCAGCGCAUGCAGUCGCGCGCCGACGCGGGGCCCCCGCUGCCGCCGCAGCCGCCAGGUAACAGAUCGCAUCAUGCGGCUGGCGGCGGCGGCGGUGGCGGCGGCGGACCGCCCUCUGAGGAUCCGCGCGCCGCCGCGUACUACGCCGCACAGCUUGCUGGAGGCGGGCCGCGUAGCCGUGCCGUUGUGGGGUACGGCCGCCGCCAACGAGGCGAUGAACCCGGCGGGGGCGGCGCCGCCAGUGCUGCGGCCACGAGGGGAUAUGAAGAUGACUGGGAGCAGGUGGAGAGAGGAAUGUACGAGCGAGCUCGGGUGUGA